AACGGUGGUAAAUGAAAAACUGUAAACAUGCAGGUAUGAGUAGAUUCACCUGAUGUAAGCCUGGCUAUUUUUAGGGAAGAUUCAUGCUAAGAUCGGCUUGAUAUUGAGACAUACAUGUACUAUGAUACAGCUGACCUCAUGAUGUACUAACUGUACUCUAGUGCUUCAGCCAAUGUAACCCAGUGAUCUUGCUGUAAUUUCUCUUAAAAGGACGAAAAGUUGUUAGAGGUUUCAUUGGAAGCGGUCUCAAGUCGUGUUCAGGAGCUAAAGGAAUCUAUCCAGGCAUUUCUGGUCAAGCUUGAACAUGAGCAGAUGAACUGGUAAUUUUUAAACACAUCAUCUAGAAGCUCAUUGCAAUUUAUUCAGGGAUCAACAUUUAUUGAACAACAAAACCUGGAUCGGAUAAACCCGUAUGUUUCACUAAAUGGCAAAAGGUUAAGGAUUGGUUACAGUGGUUGAUCAGAACCGGUUUGUUAAAGGUUUUGUCAAUGGCCAUUUCAUUUUGAAGCUUAUUGAUAUUUUGUGGGUGUAAUGUCUAAAUUUGUUUUAUUAUCAAAUACCCUGCCAUUUCGUUUGCAUCACUGAAGAAUAUGCCUGCUGACUUUCACGCAUAUUUGUAUGUGAGUCUCACACCUACAGAUUUAAGAAAUUGAUCUCCCACAACAAGAAAAAUUUCUCACCCCUGACACACUUAAAGUUGGUGACUGCCUUUCUUUACUCCUUGUAAUUAAACAGUUGUAUCUCAAUAAGACAAACAUCUCAGGGGCGGAUCCAGAGGGCAUGGAUUGGGUAGCUAGCCACCCCCCUUUAGAACAGCCCACCAAAAAAGCAUAAUGUGUGGAAAAACAAACGGAAAUACAUGGGUCCCAAAAAAAUAUAGAAAUAUGUGGGUUGCAAAAGCCUUGUGAAGCCAACCAGCCCUUGUCCUUCCUAAAUCGCCAUGUUUUGGGACAAACGUGGGACAACAUAAAAUAAAUUAACGUAUAGUUUGAUGGCCAAUUGGUAUCAUCCACCCCUCCAAAAAAAUCCCUGCAUCUCAGCUCUAAGACAGACUCAUAGUGCGGUCACAAAGGUGUCAAUCUCAAAUAGAGUUUACUGUACUUUGCUUUUUCUCUUUCAUUUCAGGCCUUCCGUCUUGGAUAACUAUGCCCUUCUUUCAGGUUCGAGCAGCUUAACAAUCUGGUACCAUAAAAACUUGCCUUUUGGAAUUGACUUUAUAUAGGAAAAAGUUCUUAUUGUUCUCAUUGUUAGUGAACGUUAACUUUUAACAGGUCAAGUGAACACAUUGACCAAACUACUCAAGAAUGAAAAAACACCUUCCCUCAGAAACCUGGUCUUGCUACCUCUUCUGGUACAACAAGAAGUUGAUCCUGACAUUCAGGUGCAGAUCAUUAUUGUUACAGUACAGCUUGGAGAUAAGCAUCCACGUCAACGUGCUUCAAACUCGCUAGCAAGAAAUUUAUAAAUGCGAGUACGUUUACCUAACGCACUUCAAAAACGGGCUUGCAUUAGAACUGAUUAGUAUGUAUGAGCCAGCGCAUUGUUCCUUGUUUAUUGUUGUCGCAACAGCCGCAACAAAAGGCCUAACAACGUCUACAAGACUCGCUGAAGACAAUAACAGUAGACAAGUAUUAUAGCUGUUCUUUCCUUUUUGCAGUGAAGUGAAAUUAACAACCACAUAACAUCAAAAUUAAAAUGACCAAAGAAACAUUUCCAGGAACUUACAAAUACUUUCCUUUAUUCACACAGAACAUUACAUUAAUAUUCCGCAUUCCACAACCUACUGUAAUAAUAAUUAGCAUCAUUAUUUUAUUGAUUACAAUAAGUUAAGUACAGAUAGCAGCUCUUUGUGCAGAUAAGGAAUGCUGGCAAUGCCGCAUCCAGACCUUGAGAUAAGGGGGGGGCAGUCAUCCAGAACCUUUGAUAAGGGGGGGGGGGUCUCCAAAAAAAUUUUUUUCGGCCCUUUGGGCCUCAGUUUGGUCUAAAAAUAGGAGGGGAUCCAGGCCCCCUGGGCCCCUCCCCUGAAUCCGCCACUCGCUGGUCCAGUUGUGUACGGUGCACCACAUUAACCCAUUCGCUCCUGGAGAUUUUGCCGAAAAACGCGUUUUGAAGCUAGUCGAGUGGUUUUCUGGUCACUGUCGUGCUAUAAAGAGCUAAAACUUACCACAAACCGGUUUACAGGUCGUACACUUGGCGGCCUUCUGAUCCAGAUGCAAAAUAUCAGCUUGCGAAGUUCGGGCAUGCGCAGAAAGCAAAAUUUCGACAUAGUUUUUGGGUUUAAAAGUGACACAGCAGUCUUGACUUUUACUUUUCGCUUUCUCUCCUUCCUUCUUUUUCGCUUUUCUUGCCUCAUUUUUUUUUUCUCUUGCUGGGCAUUUAGUAGGCUUCAUUUUGGUGGGAAGAGUUUUUAGGAAAGCUUUUAGGAUCUUAGGAUUAGGUGAAAGGAAAGGUAGGUGGGUAAUGGAACAAGAUUUUCAUGGAGAUUUUCAGGUUCUUGUCACGUGGUUUUUUGCUUCUUUCUCCGGUGUCCUUGACUGAAUUGUGCUCAUUCUGGUAUGGGUUGAAAGAUCUCUUCACUCUGCACAAGUUAGCGAAGAAAGUUGUCCUUGACCGUUAAAACUGAUGACGUCACAAAGGGUAGAAAGGACCUGGAUCCGCACGGGCGGUUACGGGCGGUUCAGGGGCGAAUGGGUUAAAUAGGACAAUGGAAUCAACAGCAGGAAGGAUUCAGCCAUCGUGGCAUUCUGAGCAAAUUUUUCCAUCACUGUAUAUGGCAGCUGUGAUUAAUUAGAUUACUGAAGAUAGACUUUUUUUUUCAGAAAUCAACAGACGGAAGGGUUCAAGCCUUCAACCAUGAAGUUGGUCAGCACAAUUAAUUAAAUUGUAGUUAUUGAUUGAUCAAUGCUAGAAAUUUGAGUGUCAUUAUUUUAAAGCCAUCUUUUAUUCAUGUCUUCAGUACUGUAUAAAUGGUGACCUUUUGCUUCAAGACCCUGUAUCUUUUUUUUUUUAUCUGCUAGUCCCAGACUACUUGCGGACAAAGUAUGAUCCUGAAAUAGAAGAUGCAGAGCAAAGACUGGAAACUAUGGCAACCAGCAUCCCUACUGAUCAUGCGCAGGUAAAGCAGACCAAGUGCAAAAAAGUAACAGUAACAUUUGCGGAACUGUACAGAACCCUAGUAACUCGAACUCUGAAGAGAAACAAAAAACAGUUUGAGUUAUUGGGGGUUCAAGUUAUCUGGGUGGAUUAAAUAUUAAACUUGUUUUAAAAAAAUGAAAUGACAAUAGAGCUCUAUGGCUAUGUUGAUGUGUUACACAUUUUUCAGUAUCGCCUAACAUAAGGUCCUCUCAAUUUUAAGUUAGUCACAUAACUUCAAGCAUUACAAAGUCAUGUAUUAUGAAUUACUUCAUCUCCCAUAAAACUGAUUUAUAACUUGCAGUUAAUACUGACUAUGAAUGUGAAAGUAUCUCCUCAUGCAGUUAAAGCAACAUAAUACAAAAUAGGGAGCUUUAGCAAUGACGACGGCAAUGGCAGCGAAAACGUCGCUAUUAAAAAAUAAUAAUCUUUGUGUUUUUUCAAAAUCUGUCGCGAUCAUUUCAAUUCGCUUAAAACAUCAAGUGUAGGUAAAAUGAAUUGUAGGGACCGAAUCAAAGUUCGUUGUGGUGUGUUUACUUUCUCCGUACUGACGCACCGUGAGGAAUUUCAUGUCGUAGUCGUGAAGUGACAGCAAAGAGGUGUACAAAACGUUCUUGAAUUCCUCGUUUCCGCUGCCGUCGUUGUUGUCAAAGCUCCCUAACUUUAAAAAAAUUGUUGUCAUUGUUGAUCUCUGUUAUUUGUUGUUGAAUUCCAGAAGCAGAUUGCUACCUUAAAUGAACUUGCCACCAAUCUCAUUGACCACAUCACAUCAGCGCGAGAGGACUGGGAAGGAGAACAGAGUGCAGGUAUUUCUCGCACGUGUUUUGCUGUGGACAUAUUCACCGUGACUACCUGGUUCUUAAGAUCCGGUUUAGUAUGAAUAGCAACGACAUAGAACCGGAACAAGUCGUUCACACUCAUUGGACAUCGCACCGUAGCAGUUGACCGAGAGGGUUUGACUUAAUCCCAAUCCUCACUCCUGAAUAUUUACUUCCCGUCUCAGUGGAUUCCAGUCCUCCCUCCUAUUUAUUCACUUCCGCUACGGUCCGACUGCACCAAAGUGUGAAACAGAAUCUAUCCGACACGUGACGCUCCAUUUUUGGGUUCGGGGCGGCGCAGCCUCACUCCGUCACAGAAAUGGCGCCAAAAUCAUCGUUCUUAUGUGCGAACAGAAGUCCUAUCCAGUAUGAUUUUCGUGCGGGCGCAAAAGCAAUCCCGUAUUGUGUGAACAUAGCUUACGGUCCAGUAACUGACUAAUUGUUCCAUUUGAUGGCCUAAGAAAGUCCUUUUGCUUUGUUUUGCUUUGUGUUUUUUUUUUACAGCCUCAAGAAGUUCUUCCACCGUUAAUCCCGAUCUCAAUACUCUAGUGGCUGCUGUGACAUUUGGCAAAGGUAAAUGCAAGAUUAACGUCGAGGUCGUUUUAAAACUCUCUGGAAUCCUUGCUGGUAAUUACAGGGAAGGAAUUACCGGGAAAUUUUUUGAAAGAGCUAAUGUCGUGGCUCAAUCUCAGUUUAAAGUAUGAUCAUCUAAAAUACGUUUGGUAUGCUGGCUUACCUAGCGCGGAGAAAUUGUUUGAAGUUUCUGCACCCCGGCGGUGGCGAGUCCAGAAGAGGGGCCCGGGGACUCCGCCCCUAUCUCAAGUUGUGGAUCCGGCACUGCCCGGGUGGUUUGUGUAAAUGGUAAGCACCCCUUUAAAUUUCUGACCAAUCACCAAGCGCGAAAAAUCAGAAGUGCAAAAUCGACUGAAUCAAGAGUGAUAUUUUAUUCUCGGGGUGAAUUUUAUUUUCCCUUGUGUCAAAUUCAUUAUCACAAAUUGUCAAACCCAAACAUAAAUGACAAUAAAAUUUAAACCAACGGUAAAGUUGAACCAACAACUGCGCCUCGUAACAGGUUUCGAUAUCCCGAACGAGAGCUAAACUCACAGAACUCGCCAGCGUCGCGUCAGUCAACGAAGAAAGCUGGGGGCAAUAAACGCGCGUUUGGUACUUUCUCAGGAUAUUAAAAAGCGUUCUAUUUUUUUUCCAACCGUCUUUUAUUUUUUUAUAGGACUUAAACCGGCUAAAGUCACAAAGGGAAGAGGAUCUAAAUCAGAUAAAGGUAGAAAGAAAACUAUGACCCGUUUUGUUUUUUUGUACGGCUGUUUGUAUUCUUUGGUAUCCGGUCACCUCGCCACCAAACCAUCUUGCUGCCAGCGAAAUUGCCACCAAGAAAUAUAAAAGGACAAGACUCUGAAAGAAAGAUCCAUUCACUUUAAAUUCAUAAUGAAAUUUAAGGAGACCAGGGUCAAGUUAGACUUUCAAAAAAGUCUGAAAAAAGAUCGCUCCCCUCGCAAAACUACACUGAUCGUAAAACUUGUAUUUGGGCUUGAGAAAGAAGUAACUAUCCUAGGUAAGUAAACAGUGUCAAUUAUUGCAGAGUUUUAUAUGGUGGCGAGUAGACUUCUUGGUAGUCUCCCUCACAGCCGUUUUUUGGAUGUCACACAACGCUCCUCCCUCCCCCUUUGGGGGAGCGUUGCGUGACAUCCAAAAAACGGCUGCAAGGGAGACUAACUUCUUCGUGGUGAUUCGUUGGUGGCGAGAUGGCCGUAAAAGGGUUCAUCACACGCAACUUUAAGUUAAGAAAAGUAUGAAAACAACGUGAUUGUAAUGCUUUUCACUCUUUUUAGGGCCAAAUGUCUGGUCGAAUGAUAGAUCGACGAACAAAGCUCCGAGCUCAGUGAAAGUCGACACCAAGGCGGCUGCUAGUGUCCAUCCGUAUGCUACAGCAAACAGGCCCAGCAGUCGGACGGGCCUUUAACAACAGGGACCUAGCAACGGGACUAAGCAUCCAUGUUUCGCUAUUGGAGGGCCCAGUUUUACAGAAC